AUGAAGAUUCCAUCUCCCUCCAACAUCACCGAAGCACUCGAGCCUCUCCUGUCGCCGGACUGCGAGCAAUCGGCGGAGGAUAGGAGUGCGCCGAAUGGGUCAAUCAGCGGAGCGGUGUUCAACAUAUCGACGACCAUGAUCGGCGCCGGAAUCAUGUCGGUUCCGGCGACGAUGAAGGUGCUGGGGAUAAUUCCGGGGUUCUUGGUGAUCGUUUUGGUGGCACUGAUAACAGAUGUUACCGUGGAGUUUAUGCUGAGGUACACGAUUUCCGGUAAAUCCACUACUUACGCGGGCAUGAUGGGUGAAUCGUUUGGGUCCGUAGGAUCUUUAGCCGUUAAGAUUUGCGUCCUCAUAACCAAUUUCGGAAUCCUUAUUAUCUAUCUCAUUAUUCUAGGUAACUUCCUCAUCCUUCUUUUCGAGUUCUUAUCUAUGCAUAUUAUUGUUAUUAAUUUUUUUUUUGGUACUCUGCGGUAA